AGUAUAAAAUGUGCCAACAUUUUCAGUACAUCAUUCAGUCUUCAGCUUCCGUUGAACACACUUGAAACAUGUCUUCCUUCACCGUUCUGUUGCUCUGCAUCCAAGCUUGCUUGGUCCAGAAUAUAUUCAGCCAGUGUAUUGGUGCAUACGCACCUGCCACCAUCAUUGCCCCCGCCGCUCUCUCCACCGCCGCUCCUUGCGGCUACGGUCUUGGCUCCGGCCUUGGCUACGGCACUGGACUAGCUGGGCUCGCGUACCCUGGCGCUGGCUUGGCUGGUGCUGGUCUGGCUGGCCCCUUCGGAUUGACUUCUGGCGCUGCCGGUUACGGCUCUGGAGUCGCCGCGUACGGCGGCGACGGUGAGGGCAACGUGGCGGUCGCUGGUGAGCUGCCAGUCGCCGGUACCACCGCUCUGUAUGGACAGGUGCCCAUCAUGGGUGCUGUGAGCUUCAGCGGUCCUGUGGCUGCUGCUGGUUCCGUGUCCAUCUCCGGACAGUGCGCGUGCGGCUGCGGUGCUCCUCUCACUACUCCUGUGUACUGCUGAAGAAAAUUUCUGUAAUGUAGACAAUAAACGAUUAUGAUUUGAGCAAA